AUGGAGGACGAGCUCGCCCUCGUCUCUUCCUGUCAGUCCCUGCGCCGCGGGCAGGUUUGGGUGCACUGGCUCGGCUACGGCGCCGAGCGCAGCUGCUGGGUGGACGCGACCUCUGAGGUCGAAGCCACCGGGUGUCCAGACAGCGCCGAUGUGCUGCUGCCGGGGAUCGACGCGCCAAAGGUGUACGCGGCGAUGUCGCUGAUCGAGUCUCCCGACGCGGAGGCGGAGGCCGCCGCCAUCCUCGGCCGCCCGGUCAGUGGCGGCCGCAGCGGCGGCGGCGGCGAUGUCUCACCUGUGAAGAAGCGGAGGCGGACGGGUUGGGCGGGAGGCGGUCGGCGAAGCAGGAAGCCCAAGGCGCCGCGCAAGGCGUACGAGAAGCGCGUGCACAUCAUCACCGUCAGCCGCGACGGCGUCCGCGAGCUGCGCGAAAUUCGGCGAACCAUCGGCGGCGGCAGAGGCGCCAAAGCGUUUUCCUCCAACGGCGAACCAUCGGCGGCGGCCUCAGAGGAGGAGGAGGUGGGUGCGGCUGGGGACCGGAUGACGUCGCCAGAGGCGCUCUCCUCCUCCCCAUCCACGUCCACCUCCGCCGAACCGCCGGCCGAGGUGGACGCAGCAGGCGGCGCGGCUGCGCGCGAGGUGUCUGGCGGCAGCGGCAGCAACGAGGGCGGCAGCGGCAGCAGUGGCGGCAGCAGCCCGAGAGACUGCAGCGCGUGGAUCGGCCUCUUCGACGCCGAGGAGUUUGACUGGUCAAAGGGCGCGCCGCGGCCGCGCUACUUGCGCUACAAGCCGCUCACGUCCGCCAAGGGCGAGGGGACCGUGCGGUGGCCGCUCAAGGCGCUGCGCGGGAUCGGCGACUCGGACUUUCUCUUCUCGAUCGACUCGGGCACCUUCGAGCUGUGCGCCGGCCCCUCGCACACGUUUCCUGUCUCGCAGCGGCUGCGCGUCCGCGACGACACGCUCGUGGCGCUCGUCGGCGCUGCCCACGGGUGUGUGCUGCCGCCUCGUGCCGCCGCGGCUCCCUCGCGGGCGGCGCCAGAGCCGCCCCGGGCGGGCGACGCGCUCAGCGAGUCCGAGGAGGAGGAGAGCUCGGACGAGGAGGAGGCGGGCGCGUGUCCGCUGCAGCCGCUCAUGUUUGCGGUCCCGCAGGUAGAGAUCGAGGUGGAGGAGCGCAAAGACGUCAAGCAGGUCUACGCGCUCGCCGACCGCCUCUCAUACCACGACUGGGGGCUAUGCUCCAAGGACGCCACCCUCCACGCCUCGCGCCGCAACUCCUUCGCCUCGGCGGCGCACGGCGCUGGCUCGCCCCGGCCCACCGACACGCCCACCGGCGCCGCCGCCGCCGCGCCGCCGCCGGGAGAGGGCGCGGGCUCUGUGGGCGACGACGCGCUCGGCCGGCGCGAGCCGGAGCCUUCUAGGCGCGAGUCGGUGGACAGCCUGUGUGGCGAGGGCGCGGUGCUGCCGGGCAGAGGCGACCUGACCACCGUCACUUCGGAGGGGUACGGCGAGGCGACGCUCGGCACGUGCGAACGGCUGGUCCGGCUGCUGAUGCGGCUGACAGAGUGCGUGCCCGCGAUGGAGGGGUGGGGGGGCGGCUGGAACCUCGACGCCGACGCGACGCUGCUCGACAUUGGCUCCGGCUACGGCAAGGUCGUCGUGCACGCCAAGCUCCUCUCGCGCUGCCGCGCGGCGCACGGGCUCGAGUGCGCACUCGACGACGACCUGCUGCGCGGCGUCUCCUUCUGCUGCGCGGACGCGACGCGCGAGGCCGUGCAGCCGGUCGCCAAGAUGCGCUUCGUCACGACGGGCCGCGAGCGGUGCACAGUCUUCAUCUACGUGAACGCGCAGUUCGUCCCGGGCGUGUGA